UUCCGCUAGCAAUCGUUGAUCAUGUUGAAUAUUACAAGAUGAAUAUUGAAAAAUUAAAAGAAAGAUUUCGACAAUUAAUAAAAUUUUAAAAAAGGGCAUAGACUUGAUUUUUAAACAAAAAUUAUUUAAAUGCAAGGUUCGUCAUUUCAAGAACCUUGCAAGGACCGAGAUGUGACUAAAGAAGAAUAUAACACAAUUAAUGCAAUUAGAGAUAAAAAUGGGGAAAAACAAAUGAAAAUUGUAGAGGAGUACACAGAUGAUUUCCAAGAAGGAAUUCUUAUUUGUGGAAUAAAAGAUCUUAAGCGAAAAGUAAUUUUCUAUAUUUGAAAAAUUACUCCUAGUCAAAUUUCCAAUUUGGGCCUAGCCCAUUUUCCAAUUUUAUUCUAGAAAGAGUUAUGCAAGGUCGAGGCCUCGCAGAGGCCGAGGUCCUAGCCCAUUUUCCAAUCUCGGCCUAGGAUCGACACUCCGGUCUCGGAACCUCGGGCUUGAUCCUCGCCAAGUACCUCGUCGAGGACCGAAGCUAAAUAUACGCCCCUGAUAAAUUUUAAAAUUUUUGCCUGCCGCGCUA